CAAUAUUUAACACAAUCCCCCAAACACCACCUACCCAAUUCUGAAUUCUCCUUUCUUCUUCCAUUUCCUCUUUGGAUUCACUGCUUUUUCUUAGAUCAUCGCACUAUCUUCUCCUCUCUGUAUACACAACAAAUUCUUUCAAGAGGGUUUUCCGUAUUCAUAUGGCGAACAUGGGUCAUAAUAAUCUCAACGCUAAACUCGUGUUACUUGGAGAUAUGGGUGCUGGAAAAUCAAGCCUUGUGAUACGCUUUGUCAAGGGCCAGUUUCUUGAAUUCCAAGAAUCUACAAUUGGGGCUGCGUUCUUUUCGCAAACGGUGUCUGUGAAUAAUGCCACGGUGAAGUUCGAGAUCUGGGACACUGCUGGGCAGGAGAGGUACCAUAGCUUGGCCCCCAUGUAUUACAGAGGCGCUGCUGCAGCGAUCAUAGUUUACGACAUCACUAGCUCGGAUUCUUUUGCACGGGCUAAGAAGUGGGUGCAGGAAUUGCAAAAACAAGGUAAUCCUAACAUGGUUAUGGCACUUGCUGGAAAUAAAUGUGACCUUGAAGACAAGAGGAAUGUGACUGCUGAAGAGGCGCGCGGCUAUGCUGAUGAAAACGGCCUCUUCUUCUUUGAAACCUCUGCCAAAACUGCUGUUAAUGUCAAUGAUAUAUUCUAUGACAUAGCAAAGAGGUUACCUAGAGCUCAAUCUACCCGAGCUGCAUCAUGCUGUGCUUAAGCUUCUCCUGCCAUUAAGUGUACUUUUCCUUGUAUGCCCUCAAUAUAGGUAGACGUUGCUGAGAACUGUGCAAGUGAGACCCUUAUAGUCUCUUGAUGCUCUGCUUGUGUAUGCCCUCAUAUAGGUGACGUUGCUGAGAACUGUGCAAGUCAGAUUCCUUAUAGUCUCUUGAUGCUCUGCUUGUGGUUCGAAGCUGUAGAUAAUUAGUUUCUUGACCCGAGUAUAUUGGCUGCUGGCUAAUCAUGAAACUCUAUAUCAUGAUAACUAUUGUACUGUCAAACUCUGAUUUCAGUAUGUCACAUGUAAGUAGUCUUGAGGAGUUUUUGGACGCUUCAGCUCAUCUAAUAUCUCCCCUGUUUGAAAAA